GUUAUCUUCGUCGUGUAGGGGACCGAAUCGGAGAGCGAGUUAUUAGUUUCAAUCCAAGUGUUCUUACAAAUGACUACAUUAAAACUGCUGCAUCUUCUGACGAUGACAUCGAACUUGAUGGUGAUGCAAAUGCAAAACAGCCUUCGUUUGCCAAACUUCUUUUACCAAAGCAAACUGUGCCCCCUCCGCCUGUAUUUGUGACAUCUCCUUCGAAACCACCCACUC